AUGGGUGGUCCCGGCCUUGGCCCCGGGUCGUUGACUCUACAAGUAGUAGACGAAUGUGUCAAAUACUAUAAGUACUUCAGCGAGGCAUCCAAGAUGCCAGAGAAGCACCGAUACUUGCAACUUCGACUGCAGCUGGAACAACAACGAUUUCUCGUCUUCGUCGAAGAAGCUGGGCUGUUGUCCACCGAAGCCGGUUUCGAGACGCUUUCGAUCAACUCGACCCUACUCCAGGAAACCCUUUCCGAGAUUAAGAUGCUCUUCGAAAUUUUCCAGCAAGCGAACGGGAAAUACGUCGAUAUUGUGCUUCCGGAUGGGCAUGAGAAAAAGUUGAGCCCUCAGCUGAGCAUGAUGGAACUGCUUUGCGCCACACAAGCUCCUAUUGCCAAGAUCGACAUCUCAGUUGCUCCGACUGUGAACAAGUCGUUGCGAUCGGACUCGAUACUCAAAAAAAUAAUAUGGAAGGCGAGAAAGCUGCGUACAAUCAUGGUCGAGCCAAAACGUUUAGUUUGGGUAGCAUUUGACCAGAAGGCCUUCACAUCUUUGAUUGCAAACCUGGAGGUUCUCAAUUCUGCCCUUAUUUCCCUUCUUCACUCCUCUAGGAGCCGUCGAAUAAAUCAGGCCGUGCAAGCAAGUUAUCAAGAAAUCAUGCAGAUGAAAACCGACCUGCAAGGCCUGGAGGCUAUGAUUCAAUCCAAAACCUACAACUCCAAUCGAGAGGAGGAAGACGAUCAGUCAGCCGUAACACCGACGGGAAGCUUGGCUUGCCAGUCUGUCACAAUAGAGGCGAGAUCAAAAGUUCAGCCGAUGAAAGAUGACAAGGAAUUGGCUAAUGCAAGAAUUCAUCGUUUGGACAUCGAUCAGUCUGAUGAUCUUGCUACUCCACCUUCGCCCAGAGAUGAGAGAGGGGAAGCUCAAAUCAAAUUGAGCUUGACAUCUAACAUCGACUCUGGCUGCAGCGACCUGAUAACAAGAACAUCGGUCUCGAAAAGAGGCUACUGCGAGACAAGAAUGGCGUCUGGACCCUCACGAAGGGUAUCGCGACAAGAUGAUGCUCCGAUCUUAGCCACGCCAUUAUGGCAGGGCAGCGCCCAAUCCACACGAAAAGUGAACAUGAUCCUCAAUGCAAUGAGUUUCAACAAGUGCGAAAGCAGCUAUGAGGACAUCUCGCAGAAGCUGGCUUGCGUCACCGAUUACUGGCUACCCACCACGUCUCGCUCCACAAUGCCGGAAGAAUCGAGAAAAGCAAUGCAAAUCCCGGAGAAAGCAGAGUUGCACAGCGCAACAAAGAAUGGGUGGCAGACGGUUAUACUGAUACGGCGCGAAGAUAUCUCAGGCAAUUGGAUCCCGGCCAGCCUCGUAUAUUGUUACAAGUUAGAGGUGCGGCUGAAUAAGGAGCAGGGCCACUUGGCCCUGAGAGGGCAACAUUUCACUUCAUCUGAAUACGUUGAACUGACCUUCACCGUCAGCGGAGGUCGGGUUCUGAAGCGUGACUUUUGGAUAGCGCCGGUGACGGCACCGCUUCAUUUGCUGAUUUGGAACACUUCGGCAUCGCGAGACUCCCUUUGA